GUGGUCAAAAUAGAUAAACAUUCAGCAAGAUUCAGUGGGGCUGCAGUUGCUAUGCUGUGUCUGUCUGUGUUUUCUCUGCCAGAUAAUGAUCAUAAACUGCAGGGAGGAUAAAGGAAAAGACCAGAGAAAAUACAUACAACGUAUCCUGAUGGCUUCAACUUCUGCAGCUGAAAAAGCGUGGCGUGGAGGUGACAAUUGUCUGGCUCCGAACCCAAGAGAUGGCACCCUGCAAGAAGGCACCAUCCAGAGACUUGCCUCCACUUCUCAUAGUAAUGAUACCGCAGCAUGGGUGAUAUUAACUGAUCAUAGUAAAGAUGCAGACGAGGAGGAAGAAGAGAAGGAGGAAGCCAUACCUGUCUCAAAACCCAUGAGACCAGACUUGAAUCAUUUCACCCAGGAGAAACCGGUGUUUCCCAGCAGUAUUUCAGAUCCCAAGCUAUGUGUCCCAUUAGAGCUGAGUGAUGUUGAUGGAGACAGAGUCCCUUAUCCCAUCAACAGAUACCUGAGAGAUUAUCAAAGGGAAGGCAUCAGGUUCAUUUACAACAGUUACAUCCGUUCCAGUGGUUGUAUCCUGGGGGACGACAUGGGCCUUGGAAAAACUGUACAGGUCAUUGGUUUUCUUGCUGCUGUGUUGCACAAAACGGGUACUUGGGAAGACAUCGAGAACAACAGGCCUCAGUUUCUGCAGAGUCAGAUCCCCACCAAGCAAAGUAAACCCAACAAAGUGUUCCUCAUUGUCGCCCCACUGUCAGUGCUUUAUAACUGGAAAGAUGAACUGGACACAUGGGGUCAUUUUCAGUGUGUGGUGGUCCACGGACUGAGGAAAGAGGAAGAGCUGGCUCGCAUUAAGAAGGGACGCAUUGAAAUUGCUCUCACCACCUACGAGACUCUGCGCCUUUGUCUGGAUCAGUUUAAUAACAUAGACUGGUCUGCUGUGGUUGUGGAUGAGGCCCACAAGAUAAAGAAUCCAAGUUCUCAGAUCACUCAGGCCAUGAAGGGGCUGAAAUGUAAGAUCAGAAUUGGUCUCACUGGCACCAUCUUACAGAACAACCUUGAGGAGCUGUGGUGUGUCAUGGACUGGGCCGUACCUGGUUGUCUUGGCAGCUUAGGACAUUUCAAGAACAAGUAUUCAAAUCCAAUUGAGCAAGGGCAGAGGCACAGUGUAACCAAACGGGCCCUAGCUACAGGGAGGAAGAGUGUCAGAGCCCUUGUGAGGAAGAUUUCUCAUUGGUUUCUCAGAAGGACUAAAGCUCUCAUCAAAGAACAACUACCUACGAAGAAUGACAGGGUGGUUUAUUGCUCCCUGACAGACUUUCAGGAGACUGUGUAUCAGACGGUGCUGGAUACUGAAGAUGUGACGUUACUGCUGAGGUCUUCAGAGAAAUGUGACUGUCAAAGUGGACGCACCCGCAGAAGCUGCUGCUACGAAACAAACUCUGGAGGUGUUAAAAUGAAGGAGCUAUACUUUAGUUACUUGGCUAUAUUGAGGAAGGUUGCCAACCACGUAGCACUUCUUCAGUCCACUGCAGGAACCAGCAAGAAACAGGAAAAGUAUUUGAGUGCCAUUUGUCAGAAGGUGUUCCAAAGGUUUCCAGAUUUGGCGCAAAGAUGCAAGGAUGAAGCAUUUGAGACGUUGUCGGACCCUAUGUACAGUGGAAAAAUGAAGGUUUUGCAGAAGCUGCUCAAAUAUUACCUGCAAAAGAGAGAUAAGUUACUUCUUUUCUCUCUCUCAACCAAGGUGUUAGAUGUGCUGGAGAGCUACUGCAUGGCAGAGGGGCUGGACUACAGCAGAUUGGACGGAACCACCAAAACCAAAGAGAGAGUCCAGAUCGUCAAAGAAUUCAACAGCUCCUCUCACAUCAACCUCUGCCUGGUUUCCACCAUGGCGGGUGGUCUCGGUCUUAACUUUGUAGGGGCCAAUGUGGUAGUGCUAUUUGACCCCACCUGGAAUCCAGCAAAUGACCUACAGGCUAUUGACAGGGCGUAUCGUAUUGGCCAGUGCAGGAAUGUGACUGUUCUCAGGCUAAUCUCAUUGGGUACCGUAGAGGAGAUUAUCUACCUCAGACAAGUUUACAAACAGCAAUUGCAGUGCUCAGUUGUUGGUAAGGAGACCUCCCGGCGGUAUUUUGAGUCAGUGCAGGGGCAUGGUGUCUAUAAGGGGGAGCUGUUUGGGAUCAAAAACCUCUUCAGGCUGCAGACCCAAGGGACAUGUCUCACCCGCAAAAUACUAAAGCGAGAAGGCAAAGUGGAGGCCGGUGUAACCACAACCAGCACACACACAGGCGAAGAGAAGGAGGAGGGCAGGAAAGGAGUUAGCGAACCUGGAGAUUCUCCAUUUACAGAGGGCCUUGUACCAAAUGAUGAACCAGCGAAGGAUAACAGAGAUGUAUCAAAGGUCCCCAGAGGCGUGCUGGACUUUAGCAGUGGGAGUGAAGAGGAUGAGAUUGAGCAGAGGUUUAAGAGAAAGGCCUCAAACCCCAGUGCGGUGGAUGGCAACAGGAGCGGGAAUGCUGACACUGGUCCUGGUCGAAUGAGUCUCCUCCAGCACGGUUUCUCCAGAUUCCUCGAAAGGAUCAAAGAAAUACCAGAGUUAGGCGAAGGGGACAGUAGUCCAGGUGUUGAAGAAAGCCCCUCUGACAAAGACACUGAGGAUCAUGAGAAAUUAAGAAAGAAUGAGUGUACCUCCUCUGGCAUCUACAAGAGCUCCAAUACAGGGAAUGGUGCAGUCUGUCUACCGAAAUUGGGAACAAAAACCUGGGAAAUCUCCAGUGUAUCAGACAGAGAAGACAUAAGGAAUGGAGCUGGGGGGAGACAAAAUAGGGUUUCUCUGUUGAAAGAGAAUGAUGAUGCUGCAAGAAAGAGAUAUGGUAUGAAAGGGUGGACAAAUGAGGAAAUGACAGUAGAUGGGGGGAGUGAUAAAAACUCACCAGACAAAAAGCCCAACAAGCUCAAAACUACAGUUCCCACAGUACACCGCUUUGAGAGUUACUCUGAUGAAUCUGAGGAUUUUGACCUAGGGGCAAGCACGUGGUCCAAGAAGGGCACAUUCAAUUCACAUGGUAGAGGCCAAGACAGAAGCAGAAGACAUCUUGAUUGUAACAAAAAGAGGCAAACUACUAGUGUAAGGAACAAGGCCAGAUCCAAACACACAGAAGCCAUAGAGACAUGCACAUCUUCAGAGGAUGAACACACCCCUUUUAAGAAAGGGAGAUCUCACUUGACAUCUCCACAGACAGAAAGAUCUAGUGCUGACAUGCCACAAGAUGGGCAAAGAGCUGCAACGACAGAGAGAGACAUAGGGAUACCCAGAGCCGUUUCAUUUACAGGUACGAAAAGUCAGACAUCUCCAGCAUCCAAAGGAAAGGAUGGAACAAUCGACAGUGUGCUAGGGGGACUACAGGAGGUGGUGUAUACCCACUCUAACCAGCGCGUGGUGGGUGGGAGCAAAGCAGAGGAGCUAAUCAGUAGAGCUGCUGUACGAGACGUGUAUGAACGCAAGAUGUACUCUCAGGUCCCAGCCAAUUUCCUUCUAGGCAACCCGGAGAGCCUCUCAGCAAGCCUGCCAGGCAGUCUGCCCUACCCUACCAUAGACAGGCUGGAAAAGCCCAGUGUGGACCAUCCAGUCACCUUCACCAGCAAGUGUGUGCACCACACCAAACACACCACCUUCAUCAUUGGAGAGACUCCCCAGGCCAUACGCAGGCAGCACCUAGAGGACAUGGCAAAAAAAUUCAGAUUUCCCUCGGUUCAUCAGUUUGUAGUGGAGAUUCUGAGAAGAAACUCAACCCGGAGACUAGCCUGGCUACGACAGUAUUACACUUCACUGAACCACCCUGACUUGGCUAAUACAGUCACCAACAACUUCCCACAAUCUGAUUCAGCACAGACCUCCUCCACUUCAGCUGCUACCUCCUCAACAUCGACCCAAACAGCUGCCACAAAAUCUCACAGAGAGACCAGAACCCCCAAAAAGGAUGUUCCAAAAGCCACAAAAAAGCCUAAAUACACUCAGAAGAAUCUGGAACCCCAAACUAAACCUAAAAUCCCACACAACAAUGUUUCUGUGCCACAGAAAAAGUCUAGAAGCCUUCAAAAGUAUGUUCCAGAACCUCAACCAAACCCUAAAAACCCACUAAAUAAUGUUCUAGAACCUCAGAAAAAGCAAAAGAUCUCACAAAAGAAUGUUCUAGAACCUCUAAGUAAUGUUCCAAGCCCUGAGUCAGAGGAGCAGGAGGAGACGGUCUGCAGUGCCAGAGGACACAGGAGGACAAAGAGGGGUAGUGUUUCUAGUUCUGGAGCCUACAGAGCUGGUGGUGGUCUUGGCAGUGAUCAGGCCAGCAGCCGUGGUCUUGGGUCUGGGAAGGCUGCUGCUUUCCUGAACCACACAGACAGAGAUACCCCUUCUUCUCCGGACGUCAGCCAUGGCAGGUCCAACAUGUUAUCCAAACCCACAGCACAGGGAAGGGGGCAAGAGCAGAAAUUGUCCUCCAGAACUACUUUUCAAGGACAGAGAGAAAAUUCUCAGACCCCUUCCUCUCCUGAACAGGCCCCUUCUGCCUCAUGUAAUCGCUCCUUGCUCAAAGAUCUGAUAGGAGACACGUCGAUCCUUGAUGAUUUGUUAAAACCCAAACCCAGGGGUGCACAACAGAGGAGCACCCCAAAAACACCCCCUACAUUCUCAGUGCCAGUAAGCACAUGUGUCGCCAAACCUUCCCCAUCCAGAAUUACUGACAAUACUGAUUCAGGUUCAACAGGCCUCCUUGACUCUCUCUAUUCUCCAAGUUCACACACACCAACUACACACCAGGUCAAUACACCAGUGCAGGCAUCAAAGGGCGGUCGCAAAGACUUCUGGGACAUCCUGAACGAGGGUAAUGAGGAGAGUAUUAACAGGUUAACAGACCUGGCAGAAGUGCAGAGAGUUUGCGUCAACACUAACUUUUCAGCUAGAAGUAGGUCCGGAGAGGAGGAGAGCAAGAGUCUCUGGAAGACUAAUGAGAAGUUCCUGUGGAAGAAAUAAUACAGAAGAGACAUUUUAGGUUGUACUAAUUUUAAGUUCUAAAGGAGAAAUUAAAAAAUUUCUCAACAUAUUUUAUAAUUUUAAAAAUGCAUUUAAUUUAUACCUUUUUUAAAUGUCUUUUUUAUUUACUGUUAUUUGAAAAUAUCCAGUUUUCACUGAAUUAGUGAGUUACUAACAUAAUAUUGA